UAUUUGUAGUACAAGCGCUCACUCUUCCGCUUUCUGAGCAGAGCUUCUCGUCUUUCCAUGGCAGCCUUGUCAGCUCCGCCUUUCAACUUUGAGACCGAAGUGCUUGUGAAGGGAUCUUUGGAGAUCUCGGCAGAGAAGCUUGCAAGCGGAUUGUCCUGGUUGGCAGCGGCUGUGAAGGAGCAGAACCGCGUCCUGGGCACAAUCAGCAGACAGGUGGAUGAGUUGCAGGCCGGUGCGGCUUCAACGUCACCGCCCCCCUCCACAGAGGGCAAUGGAAGACUUAGCAUCAAGGAGGAGAUGAUCACCAUGCAGAUGAAUGCAAUCAAGCAUGAGGUCAGCUCACUGCCGAGACCGGGCGAUUUGGAGCGUCAACGAGAGAGGUUGAUGGUAGAGGUGCAGACCAUCUCUAGCACGCUGUCCGACCGGCAGCGAGAAUCCCAUGAGCACUUGCAGAAAGAGCUUGCUGAUGUCACUGACAACCUCUGCACCCAGCUUGGGCGCAUCGGGGACGAUGUGUCUGCCAGGCUCUUGGUGCUGGAGUCCCACUUCGAGAGGCGGCCUUCUGCUGGUCUCGGAGCAAGCACAGCUGCGGGCCUGGGUGAAGCCCUGCCUCCUCUGCCGAAUCCAACGUCGGCCUCCAGCAUAGGAGCGGAGGAUACGGAGGAUGUGGCGGCUGACGCUGUGGGGUCAGAUGCGCUGCGACAUGCAGCUAACUUUCAGGCCGAGCUGGCUUCUCUCGAUGCGCGCGUCAACAGCCGCAUCGAAGCAGUUGAGAGGCAGGUUCGCGAACUGGAUGUUAAAGCCUCUGCUGCCAGCGUGAGAGCUUCGGGAGCGGUCGGAGAAGCCAAGCUUUCAGAAGCGCAAAGUGGUCCCAGUGCUCCCAGCGGCCCCAGCGGCCCCAGCGGUCCCAGUGGUCCCAGCAGCCCACCUGCUCCAUCUGCUGGGCCAGGGGCUGCCGGGACCGGGGCUGAUGGGCUGGCAGAUGCCCAAGCGGAAGGUGCCAGGGUUGUAGGCAGCGGCAUGGAUGCUAAACUGGAAGGCUUGGACGGCACUGCGAUUUUGGCAGCAGCGUCCGAAGCAGCCAGAGAAGCAGCCAAAGCUGCAGUCAGCGAAGUCAGCAGAGAAGCAGAGGGAGCAGCUGCAAAAGCUGCAGCUCAAGCUUUGGCCGCGGUGGCAGAUGGUAGAGAACAAGACAGGUCGGCCAUUGCAGCUCUUCAGCAGUCGCUUGCCGAUCUCUCGGAGAAGAUCAGGAGCUUGCAGAUGCGAAAGCGCUCCGGGGAAGCGAAUCCAUCCUCAACACCGGGUGAUCCUGCGGACACCAGCUUUCUGACCAGCGAGCAUGAGGAACCUUCGUCAACCAAAGAGACCAUUGAGUCGUGUGACGAGACUUUGGAGACGCAAAGCACUUUGCUGCCCGCAAAUCUGACGGCUGAGUUUGGCACAGCAAAGGAUCGAUUGAUUGCGGUAGAGCUAUGCUGCAGAAACGUCACUGAGGAGGUGCCUGCACUAAAGAGCGCAGUGCCACACUUGGAACAGCAAAUCCUGAGACUGCAGCAGUCCAUGGCGGAGUUGAGCUCGGAAAUCAAAGAAUGCCGUAGUCAAAGUGAACCCAGAGCGGUGCAAGGAGCCGAGGGCGAGAGCCAUGAGCCAAAGAAAGGAGACCAGAGCCCGUCGCCAGAGCCACAGGACGAGCCCAGCGAGGAACUGAGCAAGCUGGCAUCGCGUCUCCAGGAAAUGGAGGAGCUGCAAGGGAACGCAGAGCGUAGGCUGCAGAAAUUGGAAGAGCCCCGAGAGGUUCGAAGAAAUAGCGAAGAGCGGAGGACGGUUUCCAAUCGCGAAGGAUGGACUUCAUCAAAGAGCGAGCCUCCAGCAGGUGGAACCGUUGGUGGUUCGUGGAAGGACGUUCAGGCGGAGCUGGAACACUUCCGGAAGCUCUUCGAGUUCAUCGAGGUGAUUCUGGGAUUGGAGACCCGCCGCAAGGGCGUCCUCCCACGAGAUGCAGCUGAAGCAAUGCGUUUUUUCAACCGCCGCAACCCAGGCAAAGAGGAGAUGUCGGAGAUGGUGUCCUCCAUCUUCGGAGCAGAUGUUGAGUUUCAGAAUGCGAAGUCUCAGCUGGAGACGGAGUUCAAAAUGCACACCCGUGAGCUGCGACGUGAGUUUGACAAGCUCACGCUGGCCAUGAAGGGGCUACAGCGGGAUCUUGAUGGCUCUGGAGGUAAAAUUAUCGAUUUAGCAAAGAGGACAUCGCAGCUGGAAUCCGAGGUUCGCACAGGCGCGGCAGUGUCCAUGGAGGACUCCCACCAAGAGCGUGACCCAGCUUCAGGUGAUGGCAAGGACCGAGAUGGAGCGUUGCAAGGCUUCACUGAAGAACUGCAGAAAGCCGUGCAGGAUCUGCGUGAAGAGGUCAAGCGCUGGCUGGAAAUGUUCAAAUCCAGUGUGGUGCAAGCGCUCCAGACGAAGCCAGACCUCGAGCAGGUGGCAGAGAUCAUCAAGCAGGUGGCUGCAGCUCCAGCCGGGGAGAGCAUCGCGCUCUUUGCCAAGCGCCAGCUGUUAGGCAAGUGCGCGUCCUGUGAGUCGCCAAUCGAUGCGGACCUCAUGCGGAUCAAGCGACCGCAGGCAAUAGGGUUACAGGAGCACUGGCCCCCAGGGGACAGCCUUGGAGCCAAGGUGUCCAUCAGACCUUUGAACCCUCCCCUGAGUCCGAGUAGCUCCUCACUGUCAAGGCUUCCAAAGAUAGGCGACCGACACCGGGAGCCUAAGAAGCUAAAGCCGAGCGCCUCAACACCAGAGAUGCGCAAGGAGGAGACGUCUUUACCAGAUACCUCGACAAAUGCUUAGAAUGUCAACAACUCACCGCUGAGUGGUGGAGUUUGUCAGUUGUAGUCAUAGGUUUCGCAUCGGGACCCAACCCGCAUAAAUGUGCGUAGGAGCGUCUCACACUUUGCCGAUUUGUGUCAGAUAGCAUUCAGUUGAAGCUGCUUUCAAGCAAGC